GCUGUCUAGGAUUCCCCGCGUAAGGAGAAGGCCGGAGCUGCUUCCAGCUUGGCAGAACGAGUCUCCCACUAACCAACCUCAGCUGUGAAUGACAUCCCGAUAAACCAAUCCCUAAACAAAAAUGGGAAACCCUCUUUAACACACCGAAGGACGGAGUGGCCAAUUGCGUCUAACGAGGGGCGUUCCAGCGGCGUGCAUUGCCCGUUGAGUGAUAAGGAGAAAAUGAUGGAGGGGCUAAGGUUGAGUUUGUGUGACUGAGCUUGCUGGAAUUUGGAGUCUUCACGGAUUUAAACUGUUUGUUUGAGGAAUUCUGUGGGUUGCUUUUUAACCCUUCAGCGUUUUAAAUAUAUUAGGCCAUUUUACGACUAGAAUCGAAGUAGAUGCCAGUCGCUGUUUUUUUAUGCUUCUUUUAAGCAGAAUGGCUGGUGCUGCAGAAGUAGUUGCCACCACUAUACAGAAGAAGGGCUCGGGACUGAUGAGUGGAUAAGGUUGGCACUGUUGCAACUGGAAUGAGUGAGUAGAAAACUGGGAACUUCCUCUUUUUCCAGCCAUGCGUGUUCCUGUCAAACUUGGCCGUCUGUCACUGGAGAAGGAUUUUUUUACGGGUGCAUCUGCUUUCAACAGAAACACGUCGCCCCAGGGAGGAGCUCUGGGCUGCUAGGAUCCAAUUAGCCCUGUGUCAUGUGCUUACUUACCACUGACCGGCUUGAUCACGCUUAAAACAUUAUAGUUAAACACUUCUGGAAUAAAAGGAAUCUCCGGCAGGAGAAGCAGCGGGAAAUCCUUUCCUCGCCGUAACAUGGCUUCUGUAUGGAAAAGGCUGCAGCGUGUAGGAAAGCAUGCAUCCAAAUUCCAAUUUGUCGCUUCCUACCAGGAGCUCAUGGUGGAGUGUACCAAAAAAUGGCAGCCUGACAAGCUUGUAGUGGUUUGGACCCGAAGGAGUAGACGGAAGUCAUCUAAGUCUCACAGCUGGCAGCCUGGAAUAAAAAAUCCUUACCGUGGUGUAGUAGUGUGGCCUGCACCUGAAAAUAUUGAAAUCACUGUGACAUUGUUUAAGGAUCCCCAUGCAGAAGAGUUUGAAGAUAAGGAGUGGACAUUUGUCAUAGAGAAUGAGUCUCCAUCUGGUCGGCGUAAAGCUCUUGCCACAAGCAGCAUCAACAUGAAACAAUAUGCCAGCCCUAUGCCUACUCAGACAGACGUGAAGUUGAAAUUCAAGCCAUUAUCUAAAAAAGUGGUGGCUGCUACACUGCAGUUCUCUUUGUCAUGUAUUUUCCUCAGAGAAGGAAAGGCAACGGAUGAGGACAUGCAGAGCUUGGCCAGUCUGAUGAGCAUGAAGCAGGCUGACAUUGGUAAUUUAGAUGACUUUGAAGAGGAAAAUGAAGAGGAUGAAGAAAACAGAGUAAAUCAGGAAGAAAAAGCAGCAAAGAUCACAGAAAUAGUAAACCAGUUGAAUGCCCUCAGCAGCUUAGAUGAAGACCCAGACGACUGCAUAAAACAACCAAAUAAGCCUUCAGCUAACUCAGCCAGUUCUUCUGAAGAACUGAUUAGUAAACUUAACUUUUUGGAAGAGGAAGAGAAAGAUCUACAUGCACCAGGACAAAAUCCAUUUGGUGAUCCAGAUGAAUCUGGCUUGAAUCCUUUUGGAGAGCCAGAUGAUGAAGAACAAGUUUUAAAGAAAGAUGUCUCAGCAAAAACAGAAGAUCCUUUUUAUGAUGAUUCUACCAAUCCCUUCAAUGAGAAUGACAUCUCUGACUAUAGCAACCCGUUUGACAAGCCAGACUUUGAACUGAAUAGAACUUGAGCUUGAAAUAUCUCCAGAACAAAAACGGACCAAAUUCCACCUAAACCAGCUAAAAGAAAGAAUGUACGACCUAUUGAUAUGAGCAAGUAUCUUUAUGCAGAUACAAUCAAAAAUGAAGAAGAAGAACUUGAUGAGUCAAAUCCUUUUUAUGAACCGAAGGCUUCUUCUCCAAGCAGUAAUUCUGCUUCUGUUCAAGAAGCUCAGCUGGAAAGUAGGAAGAAACGGAAGGCUCCUGCACCUCCAGUUAUCAUGCCAAAGAUGUCUACUGAAAAAUCCAGUACUCUAAGAGUUGGUGUGGGAAAGGAAAUUGCGGCUUCACCAAAGCCAAGCCCAGGCCCAAGUCCUGUUCUGGGGAAAAAGCCAAAUGCCAGUCAGUCGCUGCUUGCAUGGUGCAGAGAAGUUACAAAAAACUAUCGAGGAGUGAAAAUAACAAACUUCACUACAUCAUGGAGGAAUGGCUUAGCCUUCUGUGCAUUACUGCACCACUUCAGACCCGAUAUGAUUGACUAUAAGUCCCUGAAUCCACAAGAUAUUAAAGAAAAUAACAAAAAGGCAUAUGAUGGCUUUGCCACUUUGGGAAUCUCUCGAUUGCUGGAGCCCUCAGAUAUGGUUCUACUUGCAAUUCCUGAUAAGUUAACUGUUAUGACUUAUUUGUAUCAAAUAAGGGCUCAUUUUAGCGGUGAAGAGUUGAAUGUUGUACAGAUUGAAGCAAACAGCAGCAGGAGCACUUACAAAGUAGGGGAUUUUGAGACAGACACCAACAGCUCUAUUGAUCAAGAUAAAUUUUAUGCAGAACUAAACGAAGUCAACCGGGAUUCACAGCCUCAACCAUUGAAUUCAGAGAAUUCAUCUGUUGCCCAAGAGGACUGUACAUUUAUCAGUAGUUCACUAGAGGAGCCAGAAAAUCUGCAUCAGGCUCCAAAUGUCAUUCUCGAUUUUGGGUCUGCUUCACCCCCCUCCUGCAGGACAACAAGUGACACUGAUCCUCCAAAAUCUCAUUCUAACAGAAGUGGCAAAUCAGUAGAAGAGAAUGUACACAAAUAUGACAGCACAGAUACAGCACAGGCACAGCCAUCAGUUGCCAAUAGGAGACUGCUGAAAGCAGACACUUUAGAAUCGAGCGAUUUACAGCAUGUCAGCGAUCAAAAAAAUGAUGCAUCUGCAGGGCUCUUGUGUAAAGAUUCUGACACUGAAAAACAUAGACAUUCAGACUGUGCCAGCAGCACAUCAGAACAGGGUAGGCCUGGACUGUCAGCAGCAUCAGAGAGCCAAGAGCCCACAUUUCCAUAUAAGAAGGCAGGCCCUUCUCCAGCUCAUAAGUUGGGUUUCACUUACAACAGAGAUGCUGAUCUUAUCAAGAAAAAGAGGGCCACUUUGAGGAUGUCUGAAUCAGAUGUCACAUUUGAUGGUAGCCUUGUUAUGAACCAUACAGAUCAAUCACCUAAUUGUACCCAGGUUCCCUCUACCCCACCUUCAAAUAUCACAGAGGAAAAGAGAGUAUUAUCCCGACAAGAGGAGCUAAAAGAAAGAGCCAGACUUCUGCUGGAGCAGGCACGAAGAGAUGCAGCAUUAAAAGCAGGAACUAAACAAAUCAUGGGAAAUUCAUCAAGCACCCCAACCCGUACAAAGCAACUGUUUGAUCAGCAAGAUGAAGAGCGACGUCGUCAGCUGAGGGAAAGGGCCCGUCAGUUAAUAGCAGAGGCUCGAUCUGGUGUGAAGAUGUCAGAACUUCCCAGCUACAAUGAAAUGGCUGCAGAAAAGUUGAAGGAAAGGUCAAAGACAUCUGGAGGUGGACAGAGCUGUAAAUACAUUGAUCACAGACUCCGGAAGCCUCUGGACACUCGACUGCAGACAGCCAGUUCCAAUUCAGCUGCCUCGGUACAAAUAGCAAUGAAUGAUGGCGUAAUAAAUGAAGAACUUAAGAGCACAGCAGAAGAAGUUCGAAUGGAAAGGCUCCGUAAAGCUAGUGAACGGUUGUUAAGUCCUAUGGUGUUCAGCAAAGACUCUACAGUGAGAAUAACACGACUUCAAUCUUUUAGUCAAUAUGUAGAGAGUAGACCUGAGGUAAAAAAGCAAAGAUCAGUACAAGAAGAUUCAAAGAAGGCAAAUGAGGAGAGGCUAGCAAUAGCUGAAACUGAGCGGAAGCCAUCUGAAGAUGAAAAAGGGUUCAAAGACACUAGUCAGUAUGUUGUUGGAGAAUUGGCAGCAUUGGAAAGUGAGCAGAAGCAAAUUGACACCCGAGCUGCGCUGGUGGAGAAGCGCCUCCGCUAUCUCAUGGACACAGGCAACAAUAAAGAAGAGGAGGAAGCAAUGAUGCAAGAGUGGUUUAUGUUGGUAAAUAAGAAGAAUGCUCUUAUACGACGACAAAAUCAGCUUUCUCUCCUGGAAAAAGAACAUGAUCUUGAGAGACGGUUCGAGCUGCUCAAUCGAGAAUUGCGAGCAAUGUUAGCAAUUGAAGACUGGCAGAAAACAGAAGCUCAGAAGAGGCGAGAACAGCUGCUGCUGGAUGAACUUGUGAUCCUCGUGAACAAGCGGGAUGCCCUCGUCAGGGACUUGGAUGCCCAAGAAAAGCAAGCUGAAGAAGAAGAUGAACAUUUGGAAAGAACGUUAGAAAAAAACAAAGGCAAAAUGUCCAAAAAAGAAGAAAAGUGUAUCAUUCAGUAGUCAUAAGCACGGAAAAGUCAAUGCCGAAAACUGUUUACCACAACUUUUUAAAAUGUUUUAAUGAAAUGUGUAAAGAUAGCAUUCUGUACUAUGAUGGGUAAACAGUUUCUAAUUUUAUGCCUUACCACAAUUGUUAUUUAACUCCAAGUUCUUCAAGGACAAAAUGCAUGAGCAGGUACUGGACAUGCGUGUCUAACUGAUGUUUAUUAGCUACUGCAGCAGAUUGGAUCUUCCAAGGAAGUUCUGUACCUUUCUGCGGAAGAUGCAGGGCUUGGAAACAAAGGUGUUUUGUUUUGGUUUUUUUUUUGUUUUGGAGAAAGAUGUAAAUGGAUUUUUAAGUCAAAUUUGGAAGAUGCACUUAAUGUGCAAACAGGCUUCCUGAUUGACUUUACGUUUUAAUAAUUUGCAUUAGAGUCGCUGCCCCACAUGGACUUGAUGGACUUCUGUUUAAGACGUGUGGCGGCCUGGCUAUGUGAACUCCUGGACGUCGGACUGUUGACAAGCGCACUCUGCACAGAAGCCAUGUUGUAUAUUAUUGCCAUUGCAGGCUUGAAGAGUGGCAGUGCUGAUAAGCAGGAAGAAGUUUACUUCGAUAAAAACAGCAAGACAAAUGUUCAAAAACUUAAUUUAUUACACUGUGUCUUUAUUGUGGAGUUACAUGUAGUUAAUUAUAACAUCAUAACCAAUUACUCUUGUUCAAGGCCUUUUAUUAAAAAGAAUACUGUAUUACUUAAAACGUUUCAUGUGCA